ACCACCACCACUACUCUGUUUUCACAGAUUACACACUGCAAAUAGUUACCAACACACACUCUCCUCCUCUCAUUCCAUUUCUAGUUAAACUAACACCACACAACACAAACACACACUCACAUAAUCACAAACAUCAUUCUUGUCUCAUUCAAAUUCUCAACACAACUGAUCCUCAAACCCGUGUCCCAUGGAUGCAGCAGCAGCAGCAGCAGCAUCAUCAUCAUUGUCAUCAAUGGCACUUCCCUCCUUGAAACCACACAACCCCAUCUCAAAACUUUCCAUUUUCCAACGUUCCACCAUCCCAACAACGUUAAUCCCAUCAUGGGCAUCCUUGGUUUCCUCAAACCCUGCCCUCUCCCCAAAGUUUCAAUCAUUCUUACGCUGCUCCACGAAACCAGACACCAGCGCCAACAGCGAGAUACACAGCGAGCAAAACGAUGAACCCAGUUCAGUUUCUAAUAGCCAGAAUCAGAAGGCAUCAGAACCAGGCGAAGCAAGUGUAGUGUUUUCUUCUUCAUCGCCUGUGGAUUCUUCUUCUUAUGCUUGUUCAAGAGGGUUGGUGUUUGAUUUGGGUCCUUCGAACUCGUGGGACGGUGCAGAGAUUGGAUCGCCGGUGGUGAAGAGGUUUUUGAGCGAUGAGGAGGAGAGAUGGUACAUGUGGUAUCAUGGAAGGUCUGAAGGGGACUCAUGUUCUGGUUUGAUUGGGUUGGCUAUUUCCAGCAAUGGGGUUCAUUGGGAGCGUGGAGGAGGGCCUUCUAGAUCAAGUUCUGAUGUGGGUUCUGUGAUGAAUUGUGGUAAGGAUUGGUGGGUUUUUGAUACUCAUGGAGUUAGACCAUCUGAGACGGUGAUCAUGUCUAGUUCUAGAGUUAGAGCUCCUCCUGGUGUUUAUUGGCUUUACUAUACUGGCUAUAGCUCUGAGACUGCAGAGGUUACUGAUCACUCUAUGGAAUUCUGUUUGGAAAAUCCGGAUAGGUGUCUCAUCAAUGAUGGUGUGAAUCAAGGGGAAUGUGGUAAGUGGAAUGUUUUGAAGUCAUUGCCUGGUUUGGCUAUUAGUCAAGAUGGGAGGCAUUGGGCUAGGAUUGAAGGAGAGCAUCAUAGUGGGGCAUUGAUUGAUGUUGGGUCUGAGAAAGAUUGGGAUUCUUUGUUUAUUUCUUCUCCACAUGUGGUUUACCAUGAGAAUGGGGACCUCAGGAUGUAUUAUCAUUCAUUUGAUUUGGAAAAAGGGCACUUUGCUGUUGGGAUUGCUAGGUCAAGAGAUGGAGUCAGGUGGGUGAAGUUGGGGAAAGUAAUAGGGGGAGGAAAAACUGGUUCUUUUGAUGAGUUUGGAGCAAUGAAUCCGUGUGUGAUGAGGAACCGGAUUGAUGGGAACUAUAUGAUGGCAUAUGAAGGUGUUGCUGCUGAUGGAAGGAGGAGCAUUGGGAUGGCUAUUUCUCCUAAUGGGUUGAAGGAAUGGGUGAGGCUUCAAGAUGAGGCAAUUUUGGAGCCAUCAGAUAGAGGUUGUUGGGAUGAUAAGGAUGUGGGAUCCCCAUGUCUUGUUCAAAUGGAUAAAGAAGAAAAUGAGUUGAGGUUGUACUAUAGAGGUGUUGGAAAUGAAGGAAGAGUUGGAAUAGGAAUGGCCGUUUCUGAAGGGAAGGAUGUUAGAAGUUUUAGAAGAUGGACAGGUUUUCAUUUAUAAGCUAGGUGUAUGCCAUGUUCAGUUAUCAGUUGUUUAACAUUUACAAACAAUACGGUGUCUACAUUCUUUAUGAUUUGGUUAUUUUCUUUCUGAGUUUGGAUUAAGUAGUUUUGUAUUUAGCCUUAGUGCAGAUUGAUACACUUUCUUGUACAGUAAGCUAUGAACUGGGUUUGAUUUUUAUGAAUGCCAAUGAUCUUGUUGAA